AUGGAUAACUACCAGAAACUUGAGAAGAUUGGCGAAGGCACUUAUGGUGUCGUCUAUAAAGCCCGAGACUUGGCCCAUGGUGGCCGUAUCGUCGCAUUGAAGAAGAUUCGUCUCGAAUCUGAGGAUGAGGGUGUUCCUAGUACCGCCAUCCGAGAGAUCUCUCUGCUCAAGGAGAUGCGUGACCCCAACAUCGUCAGACUGUUUAACAUCGUCCAUGCCGAGGGCCACAAGCUCUACUUAGUCUUCGAGUUUCUCGACCUGGAUUUGAAGAAGUACAUGGAGGCGCUUCCCGUCAGCGAUGGUGGUCGCGGUAAAGCCCUACCUGAAGGUUCGGGGCCCGAACUGGGACGCCUUGGACUGGGUAGUAGCAUGGUUCGCCGAUUUAUGACACAGCUUUGCGAAGGAAUACGAUACUGCCAUAGCCACCGAAUUUUGCACCGAGAUCUCAAGCCGCAGAACUUGUUGAUUAACCGUGACGGGAACUUGAAGCUUGCCGAUUUUGGGUUGGCGCGUGCUUUUGGAGUGCCCCUUAGAACAUACACCCACGAGGUUGUUACGCUCUGGUACCGAGCUCCGGAGAUUCUGCUUGGUGGUCGCCAGUACUCCACAGGUGUUGACAUGUGGUCCGUAGGCUGUAUCUUUGCAGAGAUGUGCACUAGGAAGCCGUUGUUCCCCGGAGACUCGGAGAUCGAUCAGAUUUUCAAGACCUUCCGCUUGUUGGGUACUCCUACUGAGGAGGUAUGGCCUGGAGUUACUUCUUACCCUGACUUCAAAGCUUCGUUCCCUAAAUGGAUACGUGACCAUUCGACGGUCCUGUGCUCGAACCUCGAUGACAAUGGCCUCGAUCUUCUAGAAGCUCUUCUCGUAUACGAUCCAGCCGGUCGAAUAUCUGCUAAGCAAGCUUGUCACCACCCUUAUUUCAGUGAUAUACCUCGCCAGCCGACCCGGUAUGGAAGUAAUGGACAUGCUUAA